UUCUACUCAGACUAGAGGUUUGUUAACAUGGGACUAACUGUUCGAUCCAUAUUUAAAUUAGCGUUAUUUUUUAUAUUCGUGAGUUGUUUAACAUGUGUUGACGAAAGUUUAUUCAAAAAAUGUAAUCAAAGUGCGUUCUGCAGUCGCUUUCGUCGCCUCGAACCUCAGCAAAAUCGUUUUAAGCUAUUCACAAACACUUCCACCCUAACUGACAAUGUCUUAACAGUUGAUCUUCUCAACACAGAAACUAAUCAUUGGUACACGUUGAGCCUAAGUGCAGUCCAUCCGAGGAUCUUCCACUUUGAAAUCGACGAAAAACAUCCCCUUAGCGAACGUUACCGCGUGAGAAAUGCUUUGGCGGAGGAUCUUAUUUCACGGGAAAUUCUGGUGGAUGAAAUGACGGAUCAAAAAAUCGUGAUCAGCGAAGGAGACAAGACGGCAAUCGUUCAAGCCGAUCCCUUUAGGAUUGAUUUCUACUAUGGCGGCACGUUGAUGACCUCGGUAAAUGCUAACGGACAACUGCAGUUUGAACACUUGAGAUUGAAGCCCGAAAAUCCUCCCGAAGGAGAGUGGGAAGAAGAGUUCAACGGGUUUGUGGACAGUAAAUCGAGGGGUCCAGAAUCGACGGGACUAGACUUUACGUUCCCACAAGCUGAUGUUUUGUAUGGAAUUCCGGAACAUGCCGACGAUUUUAUUCUGAAAGAUACCACAAAAGGGGACAGUGAUCCGUACCGUUUGUACAAUCUGGAUGUGAACAGCUACGUGGUGAACAGCAAAAUGGCCCUGUACGGAUCCGUUCCGGUUUUGUACGGUCACGGAGUUGAUGGAAGCAGUGGAUUGUUCUGGCAGAACGCAGCUGAGACGUGGGUAGACAUUGUUUUGGGAAAUGCUCCUUCAGCUAACUUUAUUUCGGAAAGUGGCAUAAUCGAUGUGUUUAUCCUGCUUGGAACCUCACCAAUCGCAACGUUCCGACAGUUUGCGGCACUGACCGGGUCGGCACCGUUGCCACAAAUGUACGCGCUUGGAUAUCACCAGAGUCGAUGGAAUUACGACAAUGACUCCGAUGUUGCAAUGAUCGAUUCAAAGUUCACUGAGCAUAGCAUCCCACUGGAUAGUGUUUGGCUGGACAUUGAGUACACAGACGAAAAACGGUACUUCACUUGGGAUCAUGCCCGAUUUCCGAAUCCACUGGAAAUGAUUAACAACUUGACGGAGAACGAUCGACAUCUUACGGUAAUUAUCGAUCCUCAUGUUAAAGUUGAUGAACAUUACUUUUUCCACAAAAAUUGCACUGCCAACGAUUAUUACGUGAAAGACAAAGAUCGCAACGACUAUCAAGGCUGGUGCUGGCCAGGUCUAUCAAGCUACACGGACUUCGUCAAUCCGCACGCCAGCAAGUACUACGCCGAUCAGUUCCUACUGACAAACUUCAAGGAAUCGACACGUGAGGUUGGGCUUUGGAACGACAUGAACGAGCCGUCAGUGUUCAACGGACCAGAGAUCACUAUGCAAAAGGACAACAUUCACUUCGGUGGUUGGGAACAUCGUGACAUUCACAACAUUUUCGGCCACUACCACGUAAUGGCCACCCACGACGGAUUAAUCAGACGUAGCGAGGGCGCCGUAAGACCUUUCGUCCUAACAAGAGCAUUCUUCGCGGGAACGCAACGUUAUGCUGCCGUCUGGACCGGUGACAAUACGGCAGAAUGGAGCCACAUGCAAGCCUCGAUCAAGAUGUGCCUCUCGCUGUCCGUAUCCGGAAUCAGCUUUUGUGGCGCAGAUGUUGGUGGCUUCUUCAACGAUCCGAGCGCGGAACUCAUCGCGCGUUGGUAUCAACUGGGUGCAUUCCAACCAUUUUUCCGUGGACAUUCUCACGAAGCAACUCACCGGCGGGACUGGCUGUGGCCAGAAGAGACCAAGCAAAUCAUCCGGAGUGCUAUCGAAAAGCGUUAUCGACUGCUUCCUUUCUUGUACACAUUAUUCUACGAGCACGAGCGUUUCGGCCGUCCCGUUAUGAGACCUCUCCUGGCACACUACCCUUGGGAUCCGAAAACAUUCAGGCUGGAAACCCAAUACCUGAUAGGCGAUCAGCUUCUUGUUGCACCGGUCCUAGAAGCUGGUCAACGUAACGUUAACGUGUAUUUCCCCCUGAGAAAUGACAGCCUUACAGAAAUCUGGUACGAUCUCGACAACUACAACAAGUACAUCCAAUCCGGAUACGUUGAAAUUCCCGUUGAUAGUAACAAGAUUCCGGUGUUUCAACGUGGAGGCACAAUCAUUCCAACCAAGUCGACCGUACGUAAGUCAACUGUAGCGAUGAGAGGAGACCCAUACACUUUACUCGUUGCUCUGGAUGCACGUGGCCAUGCCAGGGGAGAGCUAUACGUGGAUGACGAACAAAGCUUCGAAUAUCGUUAUGGAAAGUAUCAGUAUUUGGAGAUUGAAUUCUACAACAAAGUUCUUUCGUUGAGGAAAAUCGACACGGAUGCCUUUCUCAACAAGGAUAUUGUAAUUGAUCGGAUCGUAAUCGCCGGGCUUGCCGGCGUCUCAAAAACGGCCAAAGUUUACUCCGCUAGCGGAACUAAGAGAAAAGUUACAUUAUCUGAACAUGAAAAUUUCAAAUCUAUUGACACAGCCAAUUUAUUGUUCGUAGAUUUAUUGACGAUUGUUUUUAACUAGAUUAUGAAACAAUCAAUAGUACAAGUGAAUCCAAAGCGACGAG